GAUCACCGCUCAUGUCGAUCAGCGAUAGGAGCCGCGUGACACACUUAUUCGAUUAAAUAGCUGGUAAGCCGAGCCAGCGUCAAGCUACGGAAAAUCAGUACGGCGCAACAGCUGGCACCUUACAGUCGGCUAUAUGCCCAAGCGCGGUAUACAUCGAGCCUCUCCGCCGUGGACGUUCUAUCUCGCUCGUGGGACUACCAAUAACCGUAGACUCCAGUUGUUCCCGUCUCUGUUGCGCGCGCGAGAUCCGGUGUUCGCGAAGUGACCGCGAGGUGACGACUCAGUCGGCCCAAGAUGGCCACGCUGGAUCAAUGAAACGCGAGUAAUCGUAGUAAAAACAGAAAUUGACAAGUGUGCAGGUGAACAUCGGGCGUUGAUUACGGUGUAAAUGGACCAUGGGGAAGGAUCAGGAGCUGCUAGAGGCAGCGAGAAGCGGAAAUGUCACCGUGGUCGAGAAGAUUUUGGGUCAACGAGCGAAGAGGAGUGGUCCACUGGCAAGCUUACGGCGGGGUCCGGGGGCUAACGUGCAAGACGCCAGUGGAUACUCCGCCCUUCAUCACGCAGCGUUGAACGGUCACAAGGAGGUGGUAAAGUUAUUGCUCCAAUAUGAGGCUUCCACUAACGUCGUCGACGCUAAAGGCUCUUCGCCGCUUCAUUUGGCAGCUUGGGCGGGCGACGCUGAAAUCGUGCGGUUAAUUCUUACCCAAGGACCUUCGGUACCCAAAGUGAAUCUUACGACGAAGGACAACGAGACAGCGUUGCACUGUGCAGCACAGUAUGGGCAUACGGAAGUGGUGGCACAGCUGUUGCAAUACGGAUGCGACCCCAGUAUCCGCAACAGCCGGGGAGAAUCUGCACUCGAUCUCGCUGCACAAUAUGGCAGGCUGGAAACCGUGCAAUUACUCGUUAGCACGUAUCCGGAGCUGAUCGUACCUCUUCGGAACUCUUCCUCGUCGGUGAUUUUCCCUCAUACUCCGCUGCAUUUGGCAUCGCGAAAUGGACACAGGGCCGUUGUAGAAGUGCUGCUUGCUGCAGGCGUCGACGUUAAUACGAGGACGUCUGCAGGAACCGCAAUGCACGAGGCAGCACUCUGCGGAAAAAUGGAAGUGGUACGGGCUCUCCUUGACAGAGGGGUCGAUUUGGGAAUCCGCGACUCGAGGCAGAACACGGUUUUGGAUCUUUUGGGGCAGUUCCCGCCGCACGUCACACAGGACAUCACUGCAGUGAUAAAAAGGCAUAGGUCCUCCUCCGGCGUGGAGAGCGAUGCCGACAGCGAAAACUUGCCACCGAUUCCGGUCCAGGGCGGCGACUCGUUGGGAAGCCCUUACGAGAACGUUCGGCCAGGGGACGAUCUCUCGCCGGCGGAAGGGACGUCGCCCACUCAAUGGCAGUUCUAUCAUAAGCCUCGGGACGACGAUCGACGCGUUUCCGGCACUUCCGUCAUGUCUUUGGGUUCCGACAGCGGAUUGUACCAAACGCCACCGGUACCUCGAGGAACAAUGGAGGGUAGCUUCGUGUCGGAGGAUCUGUCCUUGACAUUACCCACGGGAUAUGGGGGUGGCAGGGAGUCGGACCAAUUGAGCGUUUCCUCGUCCUCGAGCGUCGGUGGACCGAGCCCACGGGACCGGCGUUGUUUGCCCAACGAUUCCAGCGCCGCCGGGAUUUACUUGCCAAUGGCACCCUUGUCCAGUUCUCUCCACAGCCCCGCCUCUAACAAUAAAGUCUCGCCGACGCCUCCAAAGAAGCCGCCUAGACGCAACCUGUCCGUGUCUCCUACGCACCUGCAGACGCAGAUGUCUUUGUCCGCGGAUUGCACGCUCGGGCCGAGCAACUACGAAUACCUGUUCAUGGCGCGGAGUGGUGCUCGCAGCCACAUUGACUUGGAGCAGUUGCAGAAACGUAGGGAGCAAUUGCGCCACGUGACGAGGAGCGUGGACCAAUACGUCGAGAUGAAGUCUCGGAUGCCGGACGGCGAGGAGAGGCGCGACAACAACGUGGAGCCGGUCGCGAUCACUUCGAUUUACGAGAACCGGCCGAUCAAAACGCUGAAUCCGCGUCGGAAGUUGCGCAGGCACGCGUUCGACAACUGCGAGACGGAGGGCAGCCCAUGCGGUGACAAGUCCCCGUGCAACGAGAUGGACUCGGUCAUCCAGGAGCAGACAUUCGUCUCGAACGCUUUCCUCACGCUGAAGUCCUCGCAGGAGAGUCUGCUUGACGAGAAACGGGACGCGACCGACGACUCGGCGAACGAAGGCCGCGAGGCGACGGACAAGCGCCUGAAACGAGUACAAAUGAUGCUGCCGACCAGUCCCACGCACUACGCACAGCCUCCGACCCCGGAUCACCCGCCUCCGUCGGCUAUGCAGGCCGAGAAGUCUAUUCACGAGCGGAUUCGGCCGUUGAGUCAGGUGUACAAACGGAGGUCCCGCGACAUGGAAACCGAAACCGACGAGGAUUUACUGCAGUUUCCGGCCGGCGGCAGCCUGGACGCGUCCAGCGGCUCGUUGUCGAGCGUGUCUCUGUCGGACAAGAGCAUGUCGACGGACAACGUCGAGGAAUACUUCGGGGACGUGCCGUUCGCAGGUUUGUUGAAAGGGUCCGUGACAGCUGAGCGGCCUCGGACGUUGCGACGCUUGAAGAACGUUUACGGGCCAUCCGCAUGCGGAAUGGGAGCCGGCGGCGAGGGUGGAGGCGGCGACCGUAUCGAGGACGGAGAGGUCCCGUUCCGAUUGUCCGAUCGUGACCGCGAGAGGGACGAGAAAUCGCUUAGUAUAAUGAGCCCGUUCGACGAGCAGGAGGAAUGGGCGAAGAUCUCGGAGAUCAUGGCGUCCUUCGGGACCGGCCUCGUCAGGGAGUCGGUUUUCGUCACCGAACUCGAGAAGGAGUUCCAGACGAGGCUAGGUCUGAGUUCAGACACCAGCAGCAGUCCCAUUGUCUCGACUUCCGUCGGUCAGUGGUUGUCAACGUUAGGUCUGGCGGAUUACGAGACCCUGUUCAUCAGUUACGGUUUCGACGACCUGGACUUUAUCAAUGGAGUCAUGGACGAAGCUGAUCUGAAGGAGAUGGGGAUCAACAGCGACCAGGAGCGAGCCGUGAUUAUGGAUGCGGUCGGUCUGCUGAGCAAACGGGUGGAAAAACGGACCGGCUGCACCAGUCAAUCGGUGGACGAGUGGCUGAAGAGCAUCCACUUGGACAAUUACGCGGAGACCUUCAGGAAACACUUGUACACCGAGAUGGACCGCGUCAGGUGCGUGUGGGAGGUGGAGCUCGCGGCGGUGCUGGAGAUCCAAAAGCCGGCGCAUAGAAAGAGGAUUCUCGCGUCGGUCAGCGGCUCGAACACCCGUGCACAGAAUCGCAAUUGCACUGGUCCCAACUUGGAGGACCUCAAUAAGGAUCUCAAUACCUUGAAGACGAACAUACAACAGCUGAAGGAGGAGAUACGGGAAAAACUGCCGGAAACAACGGCAGAGGGUAAUGGCGGCACGUCGAUAACCGGAACGAAUUCGACUACCACGGGCACAUUAAGGCACCGCAAAAAUAGACCGGCCCCGCAGCCACCCCAGCGACCCAGUUCGCAUAAUGGGGCGAUCUCGGCACCGGAACAGCUCGAGAUCAGAGCACCGUCGGAGCUGUUGUUCGGCGUACCAUCCACCCUGAAGACGCAAUGGAGGCACCAGCCAAAAGCUCUAGUCACCGGCUGCGUCACGUACGUCGCCAAUUAUCUGGGCUCCACUUUCGUGAAAGAGCUGCGUGGCACCGAGUCUACAAAGAAGUCUAUACAGAAGUUGAAGAAAACGUGUCGGGAGCCCAGAGUCACUCCUGACAUCACUUUGGCCAUUUCUUAUCGCGGUGUCCGUUUUCUGAAUACAGUUACAAACGAGCUCAUUUGCGUGCACGAAAUACGCAACAUUCACUGCGCCUGCCAGGACGCCGACGAUCUUACCCAUUUCGCGUACAUCACCAAGGACCAUGACAGCCGGACACAUUUUUGUCACGUCUUCUGUGUGCCAACAAUGGACCAAGCGACAGAGGUGAUUCUGACCCUAGGUCAAGCCUUCGAGGUGGCUUACCAAAUGGCGCUGAGGGACAAGGUAGGCGGUCACACGGUUCGAUCGCAGUCCGCGAACCAGUUGAUAUCGUACUCGACGAAAUCACCAGGGACUACCAAGCUACCAGCGUCGCCGGACUCCGCGAGUGAGCUCGGCCGGGAUCCGGACCAACUUCCAGCCACGGGGCCAGGCUUGAACUCGUGCAGCAACGCGAAACUGAAGCCAAGGUCCAAGUCGUCCAUUCCCAGUCCGAUGAUCCAGAUCCCGAGUCCUCCGCAGGACGUGAACUCGAACUCGAGUUCCGGCUCGAGCACCACGGCGAACUGCACCUCUAGCUCGAACCCGGCGACCAGUCCCAGCAACAACUCUGUCAGCAGUUCCAACUCGAACACCAGCACGAACCAAACAGCCAAGCCACUUGUCACUCAUGGACGGUCCCAUUCGGUGAACGACAUUAAGCUGAACGGUAAUCAGCUGAAGCUGGCACCUGUGCCGGUCGACGACAUUGGAAUAGGCGUGAAGGACCUGAAGCCUGGCUCCAGGGCACCGAUCGCCCUGUCAGAGGAACUCUAGAGAAACCAAGAGGCAUUUUCAGAGAUACGGAGAGCUUCUUUUGUCGCUGAAGUUGGAUCGUUCAGUCGUGGUUAGGUCCAGCUAGACACGGAAAGCUAACGAUCGUGUAAUUUGUAAAUGUAGAUGAUCCUUGUUUAGAGGAUGGGUCAAGGUGUCUCGAAGAUAUCUUGAUAGAUGUACGCAGAGCUGAACGAUGGCUCUUGAAGGAUCCUAAAGGAUACUUUGGAGUAGAGUCCGACUCCACCGAUUGCUGAACCUGUGCGGAUCUUUUCCAAAGUAGCGCUGGGACUUCCGUUUUCUGACGGAGGCCGGACGUUGUCCCAGAUGAAGCGACGGACGAUCGCUUUCGUGUUUAGGAUUAAUUGAUUCUAUGUAAAGAUCAUGCGACACCGGGGUCGGUGGUGUUCCCAGGUGUCUUUUUAUCUGUCGAACUUUUGUAGUAGCGUUAUACACGUGUGGUAGCGUGGCGCGUGCAAGUUUGUAUGAACACUUUUUCUCCGGGGCGAGUCACGGAGGGCCUCGCGGCGGCUCAGGUAAGUGGACGACCGUCGUCUGAACACAUACUUUGCCAAAUCCCGCGUUUUCCGGAACCGUGUCCGACCAAUCUCCGAACACAGCGACACUGUGAUUCUAACGCGUCGGGAGUAUAUUUCGACGAACCGACAAGACUCGUCCGGAUGGCAACCGAGUGCUCACCUUUUUACACGUUUCUGCGCGCGAUCGCGCGGCGCGACCGAUCGAUAUACCCAGGAACAACGAACUUUUGUUACAUUCACUCCUAUUUACCGGGUUGUUUCCGUUUGAUUUGAUCGUUCCAAAGGUUUUCAAUAGAUACUGCACUGCUCGAAUAUCGUGCGAGAAGUAGGUGAACACGAUGAAGAAUCUGGGGAUUCAGAAUUUUUGUUGGAUGGAAUACUUGAUCGUACUGUUUACAUCUUUAAUAUCUAAGUUUGAGGAGAAGCUAGUAGGAUACUACAAUUUUUUUUUAAUAGAAGUUACAACCACGAAACGUCUUCCAUUCAUAGUACAGCCAAUCGAAAUGAACAUUUAAUUUCCGCUAAUAUUCUUCCAUUAACGAGGAAAGAAGUAUACAUUUAUUUGGUAUCGACUGCGAUAAGAGAAAUUUACGUUGAAGAUUACUGCUCUUUUUUCCUGUCUAAAAAUCGAGACACAUCAGAACGAUCAGGUUAAACGGAGCGUCCCGUUUACGAAAACGCGAUUGUCUCUCGCGAAACGUUCUCACCGCGCGACGCGCGUCAAUCACGAACAGUAUUAUUCGACUAAAAUAAUAAUGCUCCCGAACACCGUAGAUAUUUUCUAGUUACACGCACGAUGUUUUGUCGGUACGAACGAGUGAGGAACGUUACAUCGAUGUCUCGCCUAAAUUAA